UAUAAAUAACCGUGCCGUCUCUCCGACGCAAAGGACACCUACGCUUCAUCUAGCAAGGAUACAGAGGGCGACCAGUUUCUCCACAGCACCACACUGCCAGUGAAGUUUUAGUGAGAGCAGAAAAAUGGCGUCCAUCGGAGUCGCAUUCACCGUUUCCCUUAUGUUCGUCCUGGUGUCCGCAAUACCUGAAAAGUGCCACAUCCCGGACGAGGAUUGGGAAGUCCUGGCCGAGCGAUUCCUGGCUCAGAUGCCAAAUGAAUACAUCUUCCCGAGAAACUCGAACAACUCGUCCAAAAGCAACGAAGUACUACCUGGCAUCACCACUGGUGAGAUGACCCUAACCGGCCUCUCCCACCUGGAACGAUACGGAACCGUGCGUGUUUACUGCAAGAACGGCAAGCCUCUCGUUAGCGUCAGCAUGGUGGCCCGCGCGCCGCUGAAGAUCUCGGUGCCUUGGAAGUACUGUGGGGGCAAGUCCGGAGUCGUCGCAACUACGGCCAGUCACGUCAAGGUGUGCGUCAAUUUCGAGGCGGAAGAAACCGACAACAAGGUGUCACUUCGGCCAGUCCGGGUCUCGCCCAAAUGGAUCGAAACGAUGGACGUGAAACUGGAAGGUGCUGGAGACGUCGUCAAGACGGUCGCGUCCGUCAUGGGGAAGCUGAUGCCGGCAUUCGUCAAGGAUUUCUGGAUUGAGAACCUGCCCUGGAGAAUGCACAAGGUCCUCGAACAGAUUAGGAAGUAAACGGACACGCGCUCAUCUGAAAUCUUGGCAUCUAAUCGUACCCGCUUUGACCCUCCAGAUUUAGCCAGCCAUUCCGGUAAUUUCGGUUAUUAUAGCAAACUGAUAUUUGAUUUCAAUUCGCGCGAAUAAAGGAAGAGCACCAUCUCUACAAUAAAAUAAAUACAGAUGACUGA